AAACCAGAGCUGCAAACACAAACUGAAACCCAAACCAAGCCAAAACGCUCGUGGCUCAAUGUCCAAACCGGCGACUCUCGUGGUCGGGUUAAACCAAUAAAAUCGUUGCGCAGACGCGGCCAUUCAGUUGAAUUUUGGACUCGACAGACUUCGGAUCGAAGCUCUAGCUGGGAUUUGCAGCUGGUUUUGGAUUUGGUUUUGGCUUUUGGGGAACUGGCAACUGCAAACUGGACGUUAUCACCUUAACUUGUUGCAUAAGCGAAGUUUUGUAAUUUACCCUUCUCUACGAAUAAUAAGAAAAGGAAGAUGAGUCUGCAAUAUAUGAAAGUGCAUUUUCUGUUGGUCCUUUUGGCCAUGAUACAUUGCAUCUCUGCCACGCCCAUAGCCCCGGCCACGCCUGACGGCGCUACGCCCAUCGACGCCCGUGUUUCAGCAGCCGAUUUUGGAGCCGAGGAUGCGUUUGCUGCCGCCGAUAGCUCCGUGGAAUCUACGCAAGCUCAAGCCAGUGGAGCCGGGUUCAAGAUCUCCCUGCUGCCGACUCCAGCGAAAACGGCUGAGUCUGUAAAUCUGGAGCAGGAGGCCAUUCCCUCGAAGGUGUUAAGCGUCUACGACAACAGCCAAAAGAAGCUGGCCGAUUUGAGUCAGCCCGUUCCCAUUUUGGAUUCGAUCAGUGAGCACGAAAAGUACGGCAAUAAUGGCGACAUGUUCGACGGCAUCUCGCGGUCCAUUGUCAACGGUUACGAGGCCUUUUCCAACCUGCUCAACACCUUCAUACAGAAGCCAAAAGAGUUGGCCCGCAGCGUUACAAAGGGAAUAACGGCCCAAUUGGAUAUUAUCGGUGGCAAAUUAGUGGGUCUUUAACGUUAAUACGCCGCAGACUAUAACUGUUUUUUGUUUGUAAUUUAAAUAAAUAGUUUAAUUUAUUUGUAACUUAA